AUGGAGAGAUUUCAACGACUUUUCAGCGCGACACCGGGGCAAGCUCCCGGAAUAGACACACCGACAGUUGACAACGCAGAAAUGGUUUACAUUUCCUCGCUGGCGUUGCUCAAGAUGUUAAAACAUGGUCGUGCUGGAGUGCCAAUGGAAGUCAUGGGGCUGAUGUUAGGAGAAUUUGUGGACGACUACACGGUUCGAGUAAUUGAUGUGUUCGCCAUGCCUCAAAGUGGUACUGGUGUUUCUGUUGAGGCGGUUGAUCCCGUUUUCCAAACAAAGAUGUUGGAUAUGUUGAGACAAACUGGACGUCCAGAAAUGGUGGUUGGUUGGUAUCAUUCUCAUCCCGGAUUUGGAUGUUGGUUGUCUAGUGUUGACAUCAAUACUCAGCAGAGUUUUGAGGCAUUGAAUCAAAGAGCUGUGGCGGUAGUCGUGGAUCCCAUUCAGUCGGUUAAAGGAAAAGUGGUUAUCGAUGCUUUUCGUUUGAUCAACCCUCAAAUGCUAAUGCUUGGUCAAGAACCACGUCAAACCACAUCAAACAUUGGACAUCUCAACAAACCGAGCAUUCAGGCGUUGAUCCAUGGAUUAAAUCGGCAUUAUUACUCUAUUGCGAUCAACUAUCGAAAAAAUGAAUUGGAACAAAAGAUGUUACUUAAUUUGCACAAGAAAAAUUGGACUCAUGGAUUGACACUACAUAACUUUACCGAACAUACUGAAAAUAACGAAAAAUCUGUUAAGUCGAUGCUUACUCUUGCCGAAGCCUAUAACAAAUCGGUGCAGGAGGAAUCGACGAUGACAGCCGAUCAAUUGAAAACUCGUCAUGUGGGAAAACAAGAUCCAAAACGACAUUUGGAGGAAAACGUAGAAGAUGUCAUGUCAAACAAUAUCGUGAUGACACUGGGAACGAUGAUAGAUUCUGUUAGCUUUUAA